ACUACAGUCCACGUUUUUAUCAGCUGACGCUCGAAAUGUGGCAGGACAACGAAGUCAAAUUUGACAUUUCUCAUUCCAAUAUGCAGUUACGACCCGGCGAACUUACUGUUGACAAACUUGACAUGAUAGAAGAUACGAAAGGCAAUGCUGGUGAUCUAGGAAGAUUGAUUGUCACCAACUUGAGGAUCAUAUGGCAUUCCUUAUCCUUGCCACGAAUAAACUUGAGCAUAGGCUACAAUACAUUUAUUACAGUGAAUACGAAAAUUCUUCAUACGAUUCAUGGUGCCUACGUACAAGCUCUUCACAUAUUGACAUCGUUUCAUAAUUGUCGAUAUGAAUUUAUAUUUAUGAAUCACGACGUUAAAAGUACAAGACAUUAUACUUCGGUCAUAGGUGUUUACAGAGCUUAUAUGUCGUCGAAGAUCUACAGAGAAAUUAAACUAAGGAGUGGUAUUAUACGUGAAAAUCGAUUGAUCUUAUUACCUCAAGAAAAGGUGCACUCCUUUGUGCAGGAUGUUUGGAAUUUAUCUAUUGAGCAGGGAAACAUCGGAACUUUUAUUGCAACAAAUAUACGUUUAGUGUGGUAUGCGAAUGUGAAUCAUCAGUUUAAUGUAUCAAUUCCUUAUCUUGCAAUAGGAAAUAUUACUAUAAGGACAUCGAAAUUUGGACCAACCUUAGUAAUUUUAAGUACAGAGGCCAGUGGAGGAUAUGUCUUGGGUUUUCGUGUUAAUCCCUUGCAGCAACUUCACGUUACCCAUAAAGAAGUAUCAAUACUACGUUCCGAAUUCGAAAAAUUUCCUAUUUUUGGUGUGGAAUAUACUUUUGAACAUCAGGCACCUACACAAGAAGAAAUUAAAGUUGAACCGUUCACUGAGAUACAAGAUAAUCAAGCUGAGAUAUCAAAUAUAUUUGGUUAUUAUUUCUCUGAGGGAGAGACGGGCCAAAGAAAACCAAAUUUUUCAAUUUAUUUAGGACUUGCGGCAGAAGAACCGAGAGAAGGCAGCACAUUGCAAAGUUUAUGGGAACUUGUACCAUCAAAUUCCAAUUAAAUUGCAAAUUUUCCAUAAUUUUACUCGGACUAAAUUAUAUGCAGAAUUAUAUAGUAACUAUUAGGUUGCAAAAGUACUGAAAAUUUUUGUUAUUUUUUGAAAUAGUUGUGAAGAUAUAUUUAAUAUGUA